UGCGGGAGCACUUCGACCACACGUACAUGGACGAGCACGUCCGCAUCUGCCACUUCCGCAACCACUACGAGCUCUGCUGAACCCUCCUCUGAAUCUGUCAACAUCCCUCUGUCUUGGGAGGGAAUUUGCUCAGGAACAUGACUUUUCACUCUGCUGUGCUCCAGCUGACUCGGAAGAACUAUCUAGUGAAGAAUCUGAAGAGGUUUCGGAAGCAGUUGGAAAGAGAAGCAGGAAAACUUGAGGCAACAAAAUGUGACUUUUUUCCAAAGACCUUUGAAAUGCCUUUAGAGUACCACUUGUUUGUGGAAGAAUUUCGCAAGAAUCCUGGCAUCACUUGGAUUAUGAAACCAGUUGGCAGGUCACAAGGUAAAGGAAUUUUUCUGUUUCGAAAACUCAAAGAUAUCAUUGACUGGAAGAAGGAUGGCCUCCGCACAGACGAUCAGAAAGAUGAAACACAAGUAGAGAUUUAUGUAGCUCAGCGAUAUAUUGAAAAUCCAUAUUUAAUAGGAGGUCGAAAGUUUGACUUGAGAGUUUACGUUCUAGUGACAUCUUACAUCCCACUGAAGGCCUGGUUAUACAGAGAUGGAUUUGCUCGUUUUUCUAAUACACGAUUUACUCUGAACAGCAUAGAUGAUCAUUAUGUUCAUCUCACAAAUGUUGCUGUGCAAAAGACUGCACCUGAUUAUGAUCCAGAGAAGGGCUGCAAGUGGAUGAUUCAGCAGCUCAGACAGUACCUGACUGCCAAGCAUGGAGCAGAAUUGGUGGAAGUUCUCUUUGCGGAUAUGGACAACAUUUUCAUCAAGAGCCUUCAGAGUGUUCAGAAAGUGAUUAUCAGUGACAAACACUGCUUUGAGCUCUAUGGAUAUGACAUCUUGAUCGAUCAGGAUCUGAAACCCUGGCUUCUUGAGGUAAAUGCUUCACCUUCCCUUGCUGCCAGUAGCCAGGAAGACUAUGAACUCAAAUGUCAUCUUCUCAAAGAUACACUUCAUAUUGUGGACAUGGAAGGCAGGCUGACAGGGAAGGAGAAGCGUGUUGGAGGCUUUGACCUGAUAUGGAACGAUGGACCUGUCAGCAGAGAAGGAAGCCUGGAUACACCACUGAGUGAGAACUUCAUGGCAAAUACCCAUUUAGGCUGCUACAAUGACAGGAAGAAACAACUGAAGCAGCUUUUCAGGAGUCUUCGUGCCCAGCAAAAAUUGUAAUGCUGACCCAAAGCUUGGAUGUGAGAAAUCAUCGUGGAAGAAUCUCAAGUCUUUUACUCAUAUUGUAGUGCAGCAGUUCCCACUUCUUUCUGGCACUUGCUGCCUCAGCACAAGAUUGUUGGUCUUGGUUUGUAAGUUUAACUGUUACAGCUCCCAAGCUGGGGAAACCUUAACAAAUUAAUCCUAUAUAUUAUCUAAACCAACAACAGGAGUGAGCUGAGUUUUAACAAUGGUACAGUUAAGUAUUUUAGUUAUGGGGGGUUGUGGCUGGAGCUAACCCUACAGGAAAAGAUUACUUGGUGCUGUUCUACACUGCAGGCUGCAGCUGUGGUUUGGUGUGUUGGUUUGGACUAGCAGGAAAGGAAUUCCACUUUGUGUGCUAAGUGCAGCUGUGGAUGUGCCCUGCAGACAGGAGUAGGACUGAGAGGUUCUUUGGAUCAAAUAUGUUAACUCGUCAUUUUAGAACCAAGUGGCUGGAAGAACUUGAAUAAAAUACUUCAUAAUGGGUGACACUAGUGAUGCUAGCUUCUUAGCCAUGAGUGUCCCCCAAAGGACAGCUUACUUUAGUACUCUGUAAGGAAAUGAAGAAGCUGAACACGUUCUGCCAAGCAAAACGAAGCUUUUAAGGCAGGCAGGCAUCUGAUCCUCCUGCUGCUCCUACUAUGGAAACAUGUCAGCUCAUAAAACCUGUUGCUGUGAUACUGUAAAAAUAAUCUUGCCAUCACAUGUUAGAGACACUGACUGUACUACACAGGUUAUGUAAGAAUGCAGUUAUAUACACGGAUUGAACAACAUACUACUGCUCCUAUUUAGAAAAGAUGUAACUUUCUGAAAAGCUACAGGCAAAACAGUUCAGUUCACAAGUUGAACUUCUUUUUAAACUGUGUAUCUGAAACUUAAGCCUGUAGUGAACAUCUUUGCUUCCUGCAAAGCUACAGAAUUUUAAAACUUAAGUAAGCCUACCUGGUUUUUAUACUUAAAAAAACAGUUUUAAGGAGUCUGAAACAGGAUUUUUCUGUCUAAACUCUGCUUAAAUUUCAUGUACAUGUGAAACUGGUCAUGGCAAUACAGAGUUGUCCAGAAGAUUCACAUUUAACAUAAAACUGGAAGGCUGGAUUUGGGAGUUGGGAAAACAGAGGCCUUCUGUUUAAAGUUCUGCACAGCUGUUUAGAAGCUGCAAAAGGGAACUGAGCAAGCAAGAGGUCAGAUGCAACUUUGCUUUAAGCAUGUAAAGUUUGACAGAACAGGUGAACUAGCUAGAGUGAAUGCAACAAGUACAACUCACAUGUUUAAACUUCUAUAAAGCAAUUUUUAAUAGAAUUUAAGAAGUUCAAAUAAGAAAGAGCUCAUCAAGACCCAGAAACUUUCCCAUAUGUAGAAGUAGUCAAACUCACCUUAGUCCAUUACUACUUAUGUUUAAUUUUUCUUAGUCUUAUUAUAGUUUAACUUGUGUUGGGGUAGCAAAUUCAGAGUGGCUAGGGUAGUACAGAAGACAAAUUUUAAAACCUUUGAGGAAACAACUAUUGGUUAAAUCAACUGCCCUUUUACUACAAGAUAGGCCAAGGAUAUGUCUGUUUUUAAACAUUUUAUCCCUUCGUCUAGUCUUGAAAGCCUUGUUUUCUCUCUUCUCUUGCCUUCCAACUUGACAGUAGUAAAUGUUUUCCCAUUGAGACUAAAAGGCUACUGCCUUCUUGUAUCCCUCCCUACACAUAUUUAAAAAGAUUCCUUGAGUGUUUUUGAUGUAUAGUUUUACUUUGUUCUAAUACCACAG